AAACAAUGUGUUUAUCUGAGAAAGUUGCUGCAGCUCUGGACACUUGAACCUGCUAAACGUGAUGCAGUUUUGGCUAAUGAAGUUACAAAGAGGUGGACUUCAAGCAACCAGGUUCUAGUAGAAAUAGCUUGUGCAAGGUCUCCACAUGAACUACUUCUGGCAAAGCAAGCCUAUCAUGCUCGUUUUAAGAAAUCCCUUGAAGAGGAUGUUGCACAUCACACAACUGGUGACUUCCGCAAGCUUUUGGUACCGCUUGUGAGCACAUAUCGGUACAACGGAGAUGAGGUGAACAUGACACUUGCAAAAUCGGAGGCUAAGAUUCUCCAUGAGAAUAUUUCGAAGGAACAUUACAGUAAUGAGGAUCUCAUCACGAUUCUGGCUACAAGGAGCAAAGCACAGGUCAAUGCAACACUGAAUCAAUACAAAAAUGAAUUCAGGCAUGAUAUACUCGAGGACUUGGAAGCUGAUCCCAAUGAUGAGUGUCUGUCAAUACUGAGAGCAACUGUGAAGUGCUUGACCUGGCCGGAGAAGUACUUUGAGAAGGUUCUUCAACUGGCAAUAAACAAGCGAGGAAAAGUGGGAUCCAACGGUUGUGAUCGGAUCUGGUGCUGCGGUGGUGAAGUGUUGUUGAAGAAUCUGCCAUUGAAGAAGAAAUUAGCAAAAUUUGGGUUUGUCCGGCGGGCGGCCAAGGCGAGGCUACCGCCCGCCGGUGAAGCAGAAUGACUAGGUUCUUAACCUUGCUCUGAU